AUGGCGGCUGAGGCGACCGCGGGGGUGUCGGCGCUGGAGGACAGCUUCGUCGGCGCGGCGGCGGGCGGGGAGUCGGCGGGAAAGAAGCGGAGGGGAGGAAAGAUCGUGAAGUCUCGCUAUCUGCAGUAUGACAAGAAAGAAAACAAAAAGGGUAGCUCAUCAAAUUCUUUUACAACUUCCACUGCUAAAUCAUCUGAAAAAGGAGGGAGCCAACCAAGGAGAACAGUUCUUCCUCAGAAAUGCAAAAGUUUUGAAGAUACGCUUCAUUCAUUAAAUCAGAGCAGUUUUGGGAAACGUGACUUACAAUCCACUUUAUUAGAUGACGAUAAAGUUACGCGACCUGACCUUGAUAUUUCAGCUAUUAAUGGCAAAAGUCUCCUGAAAAAGAGUUCUACUUCAAAGCUGGCUUGCAAAACAGAUACAAGGACAUGUGAAAAAAAGCAGCGUGGCAAAACUGGUUCUGGUAAUCUUCAGAAAUGGCUGGCAUCUCAGACACUUCUUUUAACUUACCUAAGAGUAAAGGUGGAAAGAAAUGUUGCCCAGCUGGAAGAAGAAGCAGAAGAAAACUUGAUAAUGUUGUGUGAAGAAAAGGAGAGGCUACAGGAAAAGCUCUGUGAGUUGACACGUGAAUUGCAGCUUGAAGAGCAAGAACAAGCGCUGGAAGAUGCAUUAGACAGACAGAUGGAGCUACUCACUCCCCUUGUUACUGUUUGUGAAAAGUUUAAAGAGCAAUAUAAAACCUUUGCAACUUCCCUUGAUGCCACUAGACAUGAAUUACCUGUGAAGAAUAUACACAUAGAAGGAGAUAAGCUAACAUAUCUGGAUAAACUGCAAAAGCAUUUAACUGUCACACAGGAGCUUCUGGCAGAAGUUGCACCUACCUGGGAAGAAGAAAAUGUGGAAGCAUGCACUGACCUGAAAGAGUUUAAAAAAGUCCUUGAGGAACUAGAUAAAGAACUUCAAAGGGGCUACAGUAAUGUGCAGAACUUGUCAUCUGAAGUCAGUAAAGAAGUUUCUCUGCAUAAUCAAAGAAUAUGUGAAGAGAACCAUGGACUAGAUGCUGUAAAACACUGGUACUUCAAAUAAGUUUUUUAC